CAGGAAGUCGGAAGCAAAAUGGAAAUCAAAUUAGAAGACAAGAUAGAAGUGUCCGAAAGCUUGACAGAUGCUGAACCAGAUGAAAGCACUAAACCUGCAGUCCCAAAACCUAGUAUCUGUAAAAGAUGCAGUGUGAGAGUGAUCUUCAACAAGAGCAACGGUAUCCAAAUCAAGGAGGGUUUUGAUCAACAAUACAAACUGCUCGAAGAAUCCCCGGAAGCAUUCAAUUUGAUCUCAGAUGAUACAUUGAGCACAUUAGCACCAGAUCUACGGUCCCGCCCUGACAACACGUGCUACUUGUGUGCAGGAAUACUUCAGAACAGCACUAUUCGAACUCUCAUGAACAAGUGUAAAGUGCUGCUGUCAGAGUAUGAGUGUGUGGGUAGUGUCGGAGUAACUUUCAGUAAUAUUGAUCUGUUGAAUGUUAGGUCGUUUCUCUGCGGGGUCGGUGGAAUUAAAUUGCAGAUAAAGACUAUUUUCAAGUGGUUAAUGGCCGAAGAGCUCUCGCAAUUUCUAGGUUGUCCUAAAGUUGUGCAAAACGCAUCUAAAGCAGACGAUCAAGAUCUGAUGGUGAACAUUGAGGUACGAUUGGAUAACGAUGAGUUUAUGUGGAUGUGUAGGCCUCCUCUAGAGUGGGACGUGUUCAACUUCAGCCAGGGUAAAUUCAAGAGUGCACGUUUAGAAGAUGCUCUUGCUCGUGCUAAAUAUGAGGAUAUCAAGGCGUAUUUAAAACUUCCAGGAAGAGCAGUCCAGUUCUCAAUAUCCGUAUUAGCUAACACUACAUUUGUUGGUGGAAGAUACACAAAGAUGGCCAGGAAUAUGAGUCAAACACCCUGGUUAAAGCAAGACGGGCUUCUUAUUGCUGGUAAUAUCGAGGACAUCCUCUGUAAACCGCUCCAGAAGGCGUUUAGAGCAGAUGAGGCGAGGAUGCAUUCAGCAGGAAGGGAGGAUAUUGAUGUCAGAAUGUUGGGGACUGGUCGACCUUUCUACGUUCAGCUGACGAAUGUGAGAAAGUUUCCAACUGAAGCCAUGUUAGACGAACUUCAAGUUGUAAUUAACAAACAGAGCGCACACGUGAAGUGCUACAAACUGACUCCAGUUACAAAAUCAGAGACAGAAUUAGUAAAGCAGGGUCAGGAGGAGAAACAGAAGGAGUAUCGAUGUAUAAUCAAGGCUGAAAACGAGGUAACAGAUGAAAUGAUUAGCAACCUAAACAGCGUGGAAAACUUGGACUUGGAACAGAAGACACCUCUUAGAGUAUUACACCGGAGAUCACCAUUAACUCGCACUAAAAGAAUCAUUAAAGUCAAAGCUAGAGCUCUCACCAGAGAAGAGGUUGAAGUUAGUUGCAAACACGAUAUGAAACUAACUGAGUCUCUAAAUAAGAGACUUGUGGUAGCAGAAGUAACAUCAGAAGCCGGGACGUACAUCAAGGAGUUUGUUCAUGGUGACUUCAACAGAACAGUUCCUAAUGUAGGAACUAUAAUGGGGAACCGCUGUGACAUGCUCCAACUUGACGUUGUUAAUUUGUCUAUGGUAUGGCCUCCUGAGAGGGAUGGAACGAAAGAGGAUGUGGCAGAAGAUAAAUGAACUUGCUAGCUGCUUGCAAUUUUAAUAAUUCUAAUCAUUUUACAAUGUACAGUGUUCAUCGUACAAUGUACAAUGUACAAUGUACACUGCACUGUACACCUUUGACAUUUUUAUAUUGUACUGUAGUAUUAAUUUAUUAUUCUAUGAGCCGGUAUUC